AUGAGUCCGCUAGGAUGCGCAAACGAAUCAUUACACGUGAUUCUUGUCGCCUUUCGGAGUGCUCAAUUCUGUCAGAAAUUAUUCACCGAGCCAAAUAACCAAUCCUCCGGUGCCUUCAAUUACCCAUCCUCCCACUCGACCUCCACUUCCUCCUCUAGUCCGCGACAGAUUGAAACCCAAGAGGCAGGCCAAGCCAAAGAUCCUACAGACGUAGAAAAUGUCAGUCUGAUUCACCUAAGACCCACCUAUUUUGCCAAGUCCACCCUCUGCCUGAUCGGCGGACUCAUGCAUCUGGUCAGUCUGAUUGUCUUCGUCAGCAUGUAUGGCGCCCAGAGCCGACGAUCUCGGCGUGGCAUGAUGGCCGACUUCGGCUCUAUCCGACAAGCUCAUGCGUUGGAAUGUGUAGCCGCCGAGUACGGCAGCCUGGCCGCCAGCCAGAAGCACAAGUCCACCUUCGAUGGACUGAAAACGUCCCGAAAGAGGCAUCAAGACGACUCGGCAGAGACGGUCAGAGGUCUGGAUUCCGCGGCGGUGUGUCACGAGUGGUCCGAGUCCUCCUUCAAAGAGGUGAUCAACUAUCAGAGUUUGUACACCAAACUGCACAACCAUGAGACGGAGGCGACCUUUGGCCCCAGACGAAACGAAGUCUUUCAGCAGGCGGACAGACGCCAGCCACAACUGAGCCAAUCCAAGCUGCAACAACAGCCCCAGAAGAUGCGCCAUUCUGGCAGCAUAUUCUCUCUGAUGCUGUGUCAUCUGUCCGCCGUCGAGAUGGUCUGCGGACUGUCCGGAUUCCUGUUUGAAACGGUCUACUUCAGCACUAUUGUCCUCGGCGACGAGUCACCCGUCUUCUUGUCGCCUCGUCUGGCCUACUUUCUGGCGCUCGGAGUGCUUCAGCUCGACUGGAUCGUCUACAAGGCGAGUCUUUUGGCCAGAAACUGGGUGAUAGCCUUCAUCGCCUGGCGCCGCCUCUGUGUCGUCCACGAUCCCUUCCAGGCGCAUCGUAAGGCGCUUCGGCGCUCUGCCGCGACCGGCUGUCUCUUGACGCUGUACCUCACCGCUUGCAUUCUCACCACAAUUCGAGCUCUGGAACAGGUCUACUUUGUGUGUCUCAACGAGACAGUGUCUAAGGAUGUUGAGGCCAUCGCUGGCGGGAGGUCUCGCCGAGAAGCCGGAGGGCCCGGAGGCGAGGGAGUUGGUACCGGCGGCGGGACCUCGAACGGUCAGGUCGCCCGCAUCCUCUCCGACCCACGGUCGUCUCAGUUGCUGCCGCCGGGAUUGGAGACGGCCUAUCGAAACACCUAUUUCUGCCUUGUUUCGCCGUUGCCACUCUUCGCCAUAGUCUUCUUCAAUGUUCGCCUCCUCGCCAGCCUUCGCAGUUGGCAGAAGAGCUCCGGUCAUGUAUGGCAGCGCCCGGUGACCAGGCCUCGAGUCCCGAACCCUGUCAGCAUCAGGCUUUCCAGGCCGUCAAGACACCCAUCUCUGCCAACAAAGCUGAGACCGCGACGGGACUCAAGCCGAGGCGGACGGUCGUGGAGAUUUCCCGCUUCGACCCGACAACGACGAGCUGUCAUGGCCACCAGAAGCUUUGUUGCCGAGGCCGCCCCGAGAGCUGAGCCCAUUGUCAGGCCCAUCCAGACCGGCAACGCUACGGUCACCGUUUCCACGGCGACCACAACACGCAUCGUAGUUGUGAUUGGCGCCGUGUUCGCCUUUUGUGAAACGCCCUACUUUAUCGCCGGCCUUAUCAACCGGUCAGCAGACAACCAAGUCGAACCGCCCUCCCUUUAUCUGCUCCACUUCAUCGGACUGGCCAAUACCCUCACCAACCUGGGCUCCAUCCUCAACUUCUUCAUCUACUACGGCUCAUUGGCCAAUUUUCGGCACCAUCUGCUCACCGUGUGCAGUAGACCGCGAUCUGUAGGCAAAUCGACCUGA